CACACGUGCGGAUUCAUUCACACUCAGCAGUGAUCAUGUAGCCUGCAGUACACACUGUAACCUUGGUAAAUAAGACUCAUCAGUACUGACCUCUUUCGGUUUCAUGAAAGACGAGAGACUGUGUCUCCUUAUAUUCUUAUGCAUUAACUCACCUUGAGUCAUUUCUGAUUUGUAUAUAUUUAAUCGUCCUAUUUGAUCUUAUUUAAAACAUUUAAAUGUCUACUUCAAUUGCUGGACUAGAAGAAAUGGAUUUGAAGUCUCUUUUAGCCGGAGGUCGAAAUGUUUUGUGCUUGUUUGAUGUGGACGGAACGCUGACACCCCCGAGAGAGAAGAUCGACCCUGAGCUGGACGAUUUUUUCCAGGCCUUGAGAAAGAAGGUGAAGAUCGGCGUGGUGGGUGGAUCAGAUUAUUCCAAAAUCGCAGAACAGCUCGGAGAAGGAGAUGAAGUCAUUCACAAGUUUGACUAUGUCUUCGCCGAAAAUGGAACCGUGCAAUACAAAGAGGGCCAACUCAUCUCCAGACAGGCCAUUCAGAAUCAUCUGGGCGAGGAGUUACUGCAGGACCUCAUCAACUUCUGUCUCAGCUACAUGGGGCUCAUCAAACUACCCAAGAAACGAGGGACGUUCAUUGAGUUUCGUAAUGGCAUGAUCAACAUCUCGCCCAUCGGACGCAGCUGCACGCUCGAAGAGCGAAUCGAGUUCUCUGAGAUCGACAAGAGAGAGAAGAUACGAGAGAAGUUUGUGGCAGCUCUGCAAGAGGAGUUUGCAGGAAAAGGUCUGCGGUUCACCAGAGGGGGUUUGAUCAGUUUUGACAUCUUCCCGGAGGGCUGGGACAAACGCCUCUGUCUGGACGUCCUGGAACAGGAAGGAUUGGACACCAUCUUCUUUUUCGGCAACGAAACUUCGUUGGGUGGAAAUGACUACGAGAUCUUCGAGGACCCUCGUACCAUCGGUUUCACCGUCUGCUCCCCUGAAGACACAGCGAGGCUCUGCAGGGAGAUGUUCUUUAACGCUCCUCCCAAUGAGUCGUGAAAGAGGUCCAGCUGCACAUACUGUACACCUGACUCCUGCGCCCGCUGCUGGUCACUGUGGGCAAAGCCUGAGAGCCAGCAGACACGGAGAUCAAACCAAACCACUGCUGAUCUGCACACUGAAGCGACUGCAUGGAAACAUCACUGACAGGGCCUCAUCGUUUUUUAAUGUUCAAAUAUUAAUUUCCACUCGUUUCAUCGUAAAAAAAAAAAAAAACGUUUUACUGUGGCCACGUUCACACUGCAACUUUUCCGGAGUGACAACUGUUUAAAACACAGCGAAUCCUCUGAACGAUGAAAGAAUACAGGACUGUUUGACAUCUCAAAGCUGUAAACUAGCCGUUUUCACCAAAGUUUACCCCAUGUGCUCCGUCACGUAAUGUGCUUUUAGCAUUUCUGUCUUACAGCAGUUGACAGAUAUUAAUGUUUAGCUAUAGCCUACAUCUUACGUCAUUGUUCAGCCGUUAAAACUGUCUUUGAACAGUAAAGCCCGCCUCCUUUGAUUUAAUUGGCCAUCUCAAUCAUUUGCGUGUCUUUAUAAGCAGACCACAAAAAAACAAACAAACAAAAAAAACACUUUUGUCAUCCAAAAAAUAAACAGAGCAAUGGAGUGCAGCUGAGCAGCAGAAUAUCAGAGACAAAUUUGGCAUUAUCUGAUAAUAAUUAAUCAGAUGUGUUUGGUAAUUGCAGUCCUGUUUUGUGAGACACUGAAGACACGCACCAGUUUCUGUGGUUUUCUAGCACCUCAGACGAGCCAUCGUUGUCCAAAACAGUAAUGAGUUUCAGAUUCUACACAAAUGCUGCUGUCACUGAGUGAAUUAUUCAGGAGUUCAGGUUCACACUACAUGACUUUAAACCAUGUUAGACCUUCAUGCUGCUGUUUUUCAUGGGCUGUAGCUCGUCGUGACACCUGAAACCACAGGAUGUCGAGUUGGCUCCAGAUAUUUAGCAUGCUAGACAUUCAUUCAUCAGCGAGCCUCUUUGAUGCAUCAUUGAAUAGUUCACACAUAAAGAUUGCCGAGCGCUGAUCACCCGCUAGUUUUCCCCGAUCACAGCCCCAACUGUGAGUGAGCUCAUUAACUUGCUGUAAUCCCGUAGUGUGAACGUGGCUUUAAUGAACCCAAUCAGACAUGCGGAGUGACAUCGGAAGUGCAGUGUGAACGUAAGAUCAAUCGCAACGUGAUGAAACGAGUGAUCAGUUCUGUCUGUUCCAUGUUAAGCUUCAUUUUUGUUACAGUCUCGUGAUCUUUUUUGAAAUGUUUGUGAGUGUAGUUGAAUGUGGUUCUGAUCUCGGAUUGACUCUGAGAUAUUUACAAGAUGAUGAAAAAUCUGCGUUAUGAAUGAAUGACGGACCGAAACGACAGAAUCUGAUCUAACGCUGAGUUAACUAGUAGUUGAUCUAGGUUUGUCGCAUCGCUCUCUUUUAGCGAGGUUAAGAUUACGAAUCAGGUUAGAUGUGAUAUUAUCAUUCCGGAGAGAAUCCAGCAUCGCUGAGACACCAUGUUGAUCCCGCUGAUUUCCGCGGCAUUUAUUAAGAGCUUUCUUACGUUGACCGUUUGUUAAUCGGGCAUCGAGUGUUUCUAAUUCAGAAUCCGUCGUGUGUUUGAGCGUAUGCUGUGAAUGUUAAUGUAUCGUUGCUUCAUGUCUGAUUGCAUAAAUGCACUUUAACUUGAAUUGAUUCAUAUCAUAAAAUUACACUAAUGAUGUAACCGGUGCUGGAUUUAAGAAAUGACGUUUAAACAAACUCAUUUAGUGAGGAUCUUUAUCUUUUUAUUUGUUACACAUUAAAGUUUUAACACUCCCGAAGAAAGGAAAAACUGAAACAGUAAUAGGAUUUUCGUGGUUCAGAAAUAUAGCCUAUCCAUGUGAAAUGCAAAUGCUAAUAUGCCUGGUGAUGAAUUAUGAACAAGUCUGUUUGUUUUAAAUAAAACGUUUUCAUAUUGCAA